UGGAAUGUUCCAACGUAAAAAAAAUAAAAAACAAAAUGUCUGUCACUUUACAUUCCACAAUUAUUUUCGUCGUUGUUUUCGGCUAUUUUAACCGCUGAAAAACUCUUUAAAAACUCAAUUGCAGCGAACAAACAACAAUGUUUCGUUAUCCCAAAGACUUGGCGUUUCAACCGCGUGAAGCAGUGAGUAAAAAUAAAGAGGUUUACGGAUUUUCUUGUGAUUUAUGCGGCAAAGGGCCUUGGUGUAAUGAAAUUGAUUUAGAGAUACACAGAAAGCAUUCACACAAAGGGGACUUAAUCCGAGCUUUGAAAGACCGAAACGUUCACAUGUGUUCGAUAUGUCUCCGAGUCCAGAAAGACAAAUCAACGCUCAUACAACACAUACUAGUAAACCACUUAUGUUCAGCACCAAACGCUACCCGAAUUAACCGGGAAACUUUUAUAUGCGACCACUGUAAUUGCAUAUUCUUCAACAAACAAUUACUAACCUUACAUAUCUACCACUGGCAUUUACCCAAGACAACAAAAAUAAAACAGUUGAAAAUAGCCUGCCCGAAAUGUGAGAAAUGGAUUCGGACGAAAUCGGCAUGGUUUCAUUUAUUAUACCAUGGAGUGUUCAGCGUCUCAACUUGCCCGAUCUGCUUAGAAAUCUAUGAUAACCGAACGGAGUUGACGCAGCAUUUGAAAACCCAUCCUGGGUAUUUUAACUGCAAUAUCUGUGCGUUCGAGACAACGAAAGAGUGUUAUUUGAACAAUCAUGUGGCUAAGCAUAAGAAGUCUGUAGUUUACAAUGACGGUGAAGACGUUUCUAGGUUUUUUGUACCUCAAAGUCUUCAGCCGUCUCUAAAUAAUAGAAUGCACAAUGUUUUUAAAGGAAUACCGUUGGCUAAUGAAGUGAGAUUGUGCGUAUUAUGUAGAGCUCUGUGCUUUGAUGAAGAUGAAAUGAGAGACCAUAUACUGGGGGAGCACAGCCCGGAAGAGAAAGAAAAGAGUAAAAUAUACCAGUGUACUUGUAAGGAGGUAUUCUUUAAUAAUGUCCUGUUGAAGCACCACAUUUUUAAGAUGAAGGGAGAUCAUCGGGCUUGGGAUGGUGUCACGCCAUUACCGGAAGAGGAUGUAGAGAACCAAAUUGUUUUACAAGUUUAUGAGUUAGACGAUCCUUCAUCAACGGUUGGUAAAAUAAUUAUCCAAGGCAUACCAAACGAAGAGGCGUUUAGCAUCGAAGAUUCUAACAGUCAACCAGAAGAAACAUUUGCUAGCAAAGAUUUACCAGAUAUUAAUCAAAUGGAAACAUAGCAUUCAGAAAAAUUUUUGAAAAUAUCAGAUCAUCCUUCAUCAACAUACAAGCAAAAUUAUUAUCCAAGACAUCCCGAAUCAAGUUGCUUCCAGUUUUGAAGAUUCUAAAAUUCAACAUAAGUUAGUUAAGAACAUCCGGCAAGUACCUAUGUUAAGUUUUAUAUAUAAAGAACAAAAUGACUAGCGGAGAUGUCAUAACGCAAAAUCUCCUAAGAAAGUAGCGACAACAUGCGGGGCGAGGGGGACGAGGAAUGUUACUAGAACCCUCCC